AUGCCGCCGCGCCCCAAACACCCGCCAGAAGACGAGAUCGAAGAGUCUUUUCUAAAGGGCAGCGGGCCAGGCGGACAAAAGAUUAAUAAAACCAACUCGGCCGUCCAGCUGAAACACAUACCCACCGGAAUAGUAAUCAAGUCGCAGGCGACACGCUCACGGUCUCAGAACCGCAAAAUCGCACGGGACCUCUUGGCAGCUAAGCUCGACGAGCUCUACAACGGCGCGCAGAGCCGCAGUGCCAUCGUGAGCGAGGUCAAAAAGAAGCGUGCGGCGAGCGCGGCGAAAAAGAGCCGCCGCAAGUAUAGGAAGCUAGCCGAGGAGAAGGCGGCAGCGGGGCCAGAGACAGAUGGGGAACCAGCAGACACAGACGAAGAGAUGGAAGCUGAAGUUUUGAUAGCACGAGACGACCCAAGACAUGUACCAGCGCAAGCACAAGUUGCAAAUACCAAGAACCAAACCUGA